ACAAGAAAAUGGAGCGACAACAUCUAUACCGCGAGUGACGUCAAGUUUUUGUGUUAUUUUAGCGAAACUUGUAGGUGAUAUUGAUCGAAUUGAAAGUACAUAUGUUACAAAAGAAAUGGACGAUACGCCAGAGCCUGACCCGUGUGUUAGAGAGCACCUGAGCGGCAGGCACGGCCCGACACCCGAGGGCUCGGCCAGGGACUCGGCCUCCUCCAGGAACGGCAUCCCCAAGGUUUCCCUCAAGCUGCCCUUCAAGUCGGAGGCCUUCCGCGCCCAGUCCCUGCUGGCGAGGUUCCACAGCUCCAGGAAGUCGGAGAGCGGGCUCAAGCAUGAGGUGAGGGGCGCCGCCCCCUGGAGGAGCGGGGGGCGCCCCCGGAGCGGCGAGCCCCCGGCGGCGGCCCUGAGCGCCUCCCCCAGCGCCGCCGCCCCCAGCAGCACCUCGGCCAGCCUCCCCGAGGACCUGAACCAGAACCUGGGCGAGGGCGAGGGCGCGCAGGAGGCCAAGGGGGCGUUCCCCGCGUUCGCGAAGGGCCGCGGCAAGGCCUCGGCCGCCGACGAGGAGCGCCCCGACGCCACCAGCCUGUCGACGGAGGCAGUUCCUUUCGCGGGCGUGGGCGAGGGCGGCCAGAAGGGCGUCGAGAGCUGGUUCAGGACGUGGCCGGGCCGCCCGAGGAAGCUGAAGGGGCUCCGCAAGAAGCUCCUGCCGGCGGGGGCCAGCGGGAAGGCGGCGGGGGACCUGGCCAAUGGGGCCAGGGAAGAGCAGGGGAGCGGCCGCGGGGAAGAAGGAGAGGGCUUGCUGGUGCAGGGCGAGGGCGAGGGGCACGGGGCGGCGCCGUCUGAGAGUUCCUGUGUGUCAGUGCCUGCAGACGAGGGGGAGAUGACCUCCAGGGUCGUGAGAGGAAGCCCACACGUGUCGCUGGACGCACUGCUGGAGUCCCUCCCGCUGGUGUACGACCCAGCAACCAAACAGUUAUGCCUGGGCACGCCCCGCAAGGGCCAGAACAAUUACGUAAACAAGAGAAUGUCCAACACAGCGGCGACGGAGGGGAGUGAGUGCGAUGGAAUUCCCGACAAGUUGAAGUUGGACUAUGAGAGUGAUUGCUCGACGCUGGAGGAGAGAGAGGAGGAAUCUCUGAAGGAAUCUCUGCUCAAGACCUCGGACGUCUGUGACACAACAUCCCCCCCGAAGCCCCUGGAGAUCAUCCAGGAGGUGGACGAGAGUGGGGAGAACAUCCGGUUGAUCGACAAAAACCCCUCUCCCCAGUCGGGCAAUGUCAGUGGCAGUUCCUCGCUGGAGAGGGGCUACUAUGAGAGCCCUCGCAACAGCCUCCAGCGCGUCAGCACAAACAACUCCCUCUCCAUCACCGACGCCAGUUCCUUCUCCAGCCUGUCGAGCUCCAACACUGAGUUGUCGGCGUACUCUGCCACAGACAGCGCUGUGUGUCUGGGCUCGCAGCAGUCCGACACGAGCUCCCUGAGGGACUUCUCCAUCGCAGACUCCGACGGGAAAACGAAGAAGAGAGGGAUCACCGACUUCCUCACAAGGAACCUGUUCUCGUGGCGACACAGCAAAGAUGGCGGCGGCGGCGGCGGCGGCGGCGGCGGCGGCGGCGGCGGCGGCGGCGGCAGCGAUGGCGGCGGCGGCGGCGGCGGCUCCUCGUCGUCGGCGUCGUCCUCGCCCGUGCCUUCGUCGUCGCCCGCGUCGUCGUCUUCGUCCGCGUCCUCUCCCGGGGGCGGCGCCUGGAGGAUCUUCUCGCGGCCGCCGCUCAGGCCGCCUCGCUCGCCCGACCUCCAGGCUCGGAACUGCGAACUGGAGGCCGGCAGCGCUGGCCUCAUCAUGGAAAACAGGCCCACCAGCCUCCCCGCGAAGACGGCCUACGAGCAACUGAAGCACAAGCAGGAGUACCAGCAGAUGGUAUCGGCCGCCAAGAAGAAAGAGUUAAAAGAAGCCAAGGAACGGAAGAAAGCUCAGGCCAGCCAGCAGAGGUUGGAAGAGCAGAUGGCGGCAGCAGUCACAACCUGGAAUGUCGAAAUAUUACCAAAAUGGGACACAAUGCACACACACAAGAAGUGCCGAGAGCUGUGGUGGCAGGGCCUUCCGUCGUGCGUGAGGGGGAAGGUGUGGAAGCUGGCGAUCGGGAAUGACCUCAACAUAACGCCACAGCUGUACACCAUCAUGGUCCAGAGGUCGGUCGAGAAGCUGGUCAGCCUGAGUGAGUGCGGAAGCAUGGCCAGUCAAGAGGACGUGACGAGUGACUGUGGGGACCAGGAGGCCACAAUCGACCUCAUACGGCUGGAUGUGUCGCGAACCUUUCCCAACCUGUGUAUCUUCCAGAAGGGAGGACCCUAUCACGAUCCCCUUCACAACAUCCUCGGGGCCUAUGCCUGCUACCGUCCCGAUGUUGGCUAUGUACAGGGCAUGUCCUUUCUAGCGGCCACUCUGCUGCUCAACAUGGAUGAGACCGAUGCUUUUAUCGCGUUCUCUAACCUCCUCAAUCGGCCGGCACACAUGGCGUUCUUCAGAGUAGAUCAGCCUGUGAUGUGUGCGUACUACAACGCCUUCGAGGAGCUCCUAGCUAUUAAUCUCCCACACCUUGCGGAGCACUUGCGGAACAUUGAGGUCACGCCAGACCUCUACAUCCUGGACUGGCUGUUGACGGUGUUCUCAAGGCCGUUACCCAUUGAUGCUGCUGUUAGAAUAUGGGACGUUUAUCUCAGAGACGGAGAAGAGUUUCUGCUUAGAGCUGCCAUUGGCAUUCUAAAACUAUAUGAAACGGUCCUGACCAACCAGGAGUGCACUGCCACUGCGGCUCAGUUCCUCACCCGCUUGCCAGAGGACCUCGGCGCAGACGCUCUCUUCCGAGCCAUUGCAUCCGUCCGAACCUCCGCCCACAAACGCACAUUCACACAGAUCCUGCAAGCGCACAUGGACGCCGCGGCCAGUCACUCAGUAUGAUUUCCGGCCGAUGUUUAUUGCAGUUUAUUGUUAUUAUUUUUGUAUUUAUUGGUGGAUUUUUUUGUGGUGUAUAUGCGUUUUUUGGCCGUGACUGAGAAAGCUUGGAAAGGAAAGUUAAGGAGAGAAAAGGUUUAUGAAGUGUCUGAUGAAUUCUCUUGCGUUAAGAAAUAUUUUUGUAUGAUCUGAUUCAGGUUCACAGUUUGUAUUGAUUUGUUACGGUAUUUGAGUAUUUAUAUAAACUUUAAAAGUGAAUCGAGACUACAUUUUUUGUAAUUUUGUCAUCUUACUUUGGUCAGAAUAUGAUAUGUAGUUGAGAGUUUUCCUUAUUUUAUAAUGAAAUUGAUUCUCUUUUCAUUAUUAGUAUGAUUGUUAUUAUUAUGUAUAUAUUUUUUUUUAUAUUUCUCUAUAAAGACCAAGCAGUUAUAUUGAAUGAAUACUGUAAAAUAUGAAACCUAUGCCAAAAUCAUUACACUCCAUUUCAUUCAUACAUCAAAGCAUUAUUCAUAGCUCAAUGCUUUAACCCACCUUUGCGCUGUUUCGUUCAGAAGCCGAUGACGAUGACUGGGUACCUGCAAAAAAGUGAGAUUUUUACGUCAUCUUCCCAUGUCCCUUUAACGUAAUAGGGGGGCUCUUUUCUGCUUUUGAUAUAUCUCCUUUUUUUUUAUAUAUAUAUAUAAUAUAUAGUAUAAACAAUCUUUUUAUUUUUUCAUAUUUAAACAUUGCUGCAGAUCUUCCUAUCUGAUAAGCUUAAUGGGGGCAUACCUGCAGGACCAAACGCUUGUACAGGUUAGUGAUAGUUAUGUAGUGUAAGUCUGUCACAUGGAGAAUGUCUGGCGAUGAAACAGGAAUGUCAGGUAUGACUUGAUUGGCCAAGAAAAUUACUUUUAUUAGGAUUGUGAAGGUUACUGUUAUUAUUAUUAUUAUUAUUAUUAUUAUUAUUAUUAUUAUUAUUAUCAUCAUCAUCAUUAUCAUUAUUGUUAUUAUCCGUAUUAUUAUCAUUGUUACAAAUGUUAUUGUUAUUAUUAUUAUUAUUAUUAUUAUUAUUAUUAUUAUUAUUAUUAUAUUAUUAUUAUUAUUAUUAUUAUAAUUAUUUUUAUUAUUAUUAUCAUCAUUUUUUUUAUUUUUUAUUAUUGUUUGUAGCUUGGUUUUACCUCUCUUUGAUAUUUUAUGAGAUUAACCCAGAAAUAUUAAUAAGGAAGAUAUUAGAUAAGAAAUGAGUGAGGAAGAUAUUCAACAUUACUCAUAAUGUGUAGAUGGCUAAUGAGAUAUCUCACAAAAAUUACUUUAUCAUAAUUUUCUGAUAUUUUUUUCGCCCACAUUAUUGUGAAAAUUGACUGAGAAGAAUUUCCCUUUUGAAAUACGUGUGAAGUGUUUUUUUCUUUUUUUCUUUUUGGAAAAGGUAUUAACGUAUAUUCCUGAUAAUGCCGAGAGUGGUUUUUGAAGGCUAAGGAUGUACCUUUCGUUAACGGUGCUUUUCUGAUUUUUUUCAUUUGUUCAUCUUUUUCUUUCUCUUUUUUUUUUUUUUAAUCAAAGGAAACACAUUGAAAGAUCGUUUUUGCGCAGACGAAAAGGGAGACACAUGAGAGACGUCAUCCACCUUACUCAGACAUCUGUUGAAUCAUCUUUUUAUAUAAAACUGUGAUAAUUAAAUACUCACAUUUCAUAUAACUUUCAUCAUCUAACUUUUCAACAUCAGCUGUGAUUUAGGUUUUUGAAAUAUGAACUUCUCCUUUUCACUCACUCCCUCUUCCUUCCUUCCCCCCCCCCCCAUUCACCUCCUUUCUUCUUACCUCCCUAUUUCCGUCUGCUUCCCGUUUUCCUUCUUUCUCUUCCCAUGCUUUCUCAUGCCCUUUCCCUGUUUCUCCCCUAUUCCUUCUCUCUUCCUCUUACUUCACCCUUUUCUCUCCCCCUUAUCUCAUCUAUUUUAUCCUUCUUCAUCUUUCUGCCUCUCCUCCUCCUCCUCCUUCUUUCCCCUGCAAAAAAGCUGCUUUUGAAGGACAGCAUGAUUAAGCGAUUGUAAUUCUAAACGACCAUUCUUAUAUGCGUGAUACAUAUUUACAAGGAAUGAAGGUAAUACCAAGCUAUAUAUGUGUGUGUAUGUGUGUGUUUGUAUAUAUAUAUAUAUAUAAAUAUAUAUUAUAUCUUGUCAGGAUUCGUCUUAACUUUGCAUCAGUUGUUUGGUGAUGUGGAAUUAGGAUUCUUGAGCCAAGAGCACUGAUAUUCAAUGCUGUGGCAAUGAAAAAAAAAAAAAAAAAA